AUGCCUGUAGUUUUAGUUUUUUGCCAUUAAGUCAAACAGUGACACAAGAAAAUAGAAAUAAAAACCGACGUGAACGAAGAAAACAAAUCUGUUUUCUGAAUAUUUGAUUUGACCUUAUUUUAACACUCGUCAUUUUAAUAAUAACUCAGCAGCAGCUGUGACAUCAUGACCACAGCAGAGACUGUAAAAAUCAAUUAAACUUUGUGACAUCACUUCCUCCUCUCGGUGUGAUGACGCGGAGUGACCGCGAGGCGGCGCUGCUGCACCUUCACAGUCUGAGACGCUGAAACCUGACCUGCCUCCCCCUCAGGCCUGCUCCUGCCUCCCCCUCAGGCCUCCUCCUCCUCCUCACCCCCGCUUCCUCACCAUACUCCCCCUCAGUCUCCCCCCUCUGUCUCGCCCCCCCUCCUCCGGGGGAAGCGCGCGCUGCCAGAGCAGGCGGAGUCGGAAACGCGCAGCAGCGUCGGUCCGUCGUGUCUGCGGCUCCUCCGCGGCUUCUCUCGGUCUCCGUGUCGGCUGUCGGAUCCUCCGGGAGCGGCGUCUUCCUCAAGCCCGCAGGAAAGCAGCGGAUCUUCGGCCUCACGGACGGACGGACAGGGCAGGCGGCGCGGCGGGGACAGACCCGGCUCGGCUCGGCUCGGCUCUUCCUCCCCCCGCUGCGGUGGAAAAACCCGGACGGAGGCCCGCAGUGUGCGCUCAGCCUCCCGCAGGCCUCCGGCCCGGACUCCCGCUUUUCUCCCGGAAAAUGGACGGAUUCACCGGCAGUUUAGAUGACAGUAUGUCUGGAGCGAGCGUCUCAGAUGUCAACGACCGUCUUUCUGCUCUGGAGCUUCGUGUUCAGCAGCAGGAAGACGAGUUGACGGUGAUGAAAGCAGCUCUCGCUGACGUCCUUCGCCGCCUCGCUGCCUCUGAGGUCUCCGCUGCCUCUUCAACGAAGAAACAACAUGGAGGGAAAGGCGGCGCUGCACUGCGUGAAGCGUACUCGAUGUCCUGCAUCGCUAACGGAGGAACAUCUGGACGAAAGAGAGACUCCACCUCCGUCACCAGGAAGGAGACGCUGUCGUCUGCUGCCAAGAGUGGAACAGACAGGAAGAAGGAGGUCAGCAGCCAGCGGUCUCUGAUGGAGGAGAUCCAAGAGCGUGAGGAGUCUCCUCGCCCAAAGGACUCGGCCCCCUCUCCCUCCUCUCCCCACCCUCCCCAGACCCCCCAGACCCCCCAGACCCCCCAGAGACCCGCUCAGUCUGCUGACAGCAGUAAAGGCCACGUCCCUCCAAAAAGGGGGCCCAGUGUGAAGCGGUCCUCAGGUAUGGAGCGUUCUCAGAGCAGCACCUGGGACUCUUCAGAGGACAACAGGAACAAACUGGUGAAGGCUGCGUCCACCUCGAAGCUGCUCGCCAAAGUGGUGAAGAACGCUGAGAGGCACAAAGACCCGGUGGUCAGUCAAGAGGGAAACCACAUCAAGAUGUUCAUGCGUGGUCGACCGAUCACCAUGUUCAUCCCGUCAGACGUGGAGAACUACGACGAUGUUCGGACUGAACUCCCGUCAGAAAGACUAAAGCUGGAAUGGGUGUAUGGUUACCGUGGCAGAGACUGCAGAGCGAACGUUUACCUCCUCCCAACCGGAGAGAUAGUUUACUUCAUCGCCUCCGUUGUGGCUUUGUUUAACUAUGAAGAACGGACGCAGAGACAUUACCUCGGACACACCGACUGUGUCAAGUGUUUGGCAAUCCAUCCUGAUAAGAUCCGGAUCGCAACAGGACAGAUUGCAGGAGUGGACAAAGAUGGACGGCCGCUGCAGCCUCACGUUCGUAUCUGGGACAGCGUCAGUCUGUCGACUCUGCAGGUCAUCGGUUUGGGAACAUUCGAGCGAGGAGUCGGCUCGCUGGCUUUUUCUAAAGCUGACUCUGGUCAGCACCUGAGUGUUAUUGACGACUGUAACGAUCACAUGUUGACGGUUUGGGAUUGGCAGAAGAAGUCAAAGAUCGCUGAGAUCAAGACCACUAACGAGGUGGUCUUGGCCGUGGAGUUCCACCCCACCGACCCAAACACCAUCGUGACUUGUGGAAAGUCCCACAUCUUCUUCUGGACCUGGACUGGGACCUCACUCGCUCGUAAACAGGGAAUCUUUGGGAAAUACGAGAAGCCAAAGUUCAUCCAGUGUCUGGCCUUCCUGAGUACUGGAGACAUCCUGACUGGAGACUCUGGAGGAAUCCUGCUGGUCUGGACCAGGAGCUCCGCUGAGACCCCCACAGGGAAGGGACCCCGAGCGUUUCAGAUCAGCCGGCAGGUGAAAGGUCACGAGGGCAGUGUGUUCUGUAUGUGCGAGAUGAGGAGCGGCACUCUACUGACCGGAGGAGGAAAAGACCGAAAAAUCAUUCUGUGGGACCACGAACUGCGAGCUGACCGCGACAUCGAGGUCCCGGAUCAGUAUGGAACCAUCAGAGCCGUGUCUGAAGGGAAGGGGGACGAGUUUCUGGUCGGGACCUCUCGAAACUUCAUCCUCAGAGGAACCUUCAAUGAUGGCUUCCUGGUGGAGGUCCAGGGUCACACAGACGAGCUGUGGGGCUUGGCGUCUCACCCGUCCAGAGAGAUGUUUCUGACGUGUGCUCAGGACCGGCUCGUCUGCCUCUGGAACGCGGUGGAUCACAGUCUUCAGUGGAGCCGCACACUGGAGGAACAUGGUCACUGUGCAGACUUCCAUCCCAGCGGAGCCGUGGUUGCCAUAGGAACACACUCAGGAAAGUGGUACGUUCUGGACGCUGAGACCACGGACCUGGUAGCGAUCCACACCGACGGGAACGAGCAGCUCUCUGUGAUGCGCUUCUCUGAAGAUGGCAGUCUGCUGGCUGUUGGAUCUCAUGAUAACUUUAUUUACCUUUACACCGUCUCCGACAGAGGACGCAAGUACAGCCGCUAUGGGAAGUGCACCGGACAUUCCAGCUACAUCACACACCUGGACUGGUCACCCGACAACAACUUCAUCAUGUCCAACUCUGGAGACUAUGAGAUCCUCUACUGGGAUGUUCCAAACGGCUGCAAACUGAUCCGGAAUCGAUCAGAGUGCAAAGACAUCAACUGGGCGACGUACACCUGUGUCCUUGGAUACCACGUAUUCGGUGUGUGGCCGGAGGGUUCAGACGGCACCGACAUCAACGCUCUCAUCAGAUCUCACAACAGGAAGGUGAUCGCUCUAGCCGACGACUUCUGUAAAGUUCACCUGUUCGCCUACCCGUGCUCCACGCCAAAGGCUCCCAGCCAUAAGUACAGUGCCCACAGCAGUCAUGUGACCAACGUCAGCUUCCUGUAUAAAGACAGUCACCUGAUCUCGACGGGGGGGAAGGACACCAGCAUCAUGCAGUGGCGCUUGGUGGAGAAAGCUUCGCUCUCUCUCACUGACAGCCUCCUCUCUAACUCCGCCCCACACAGGGCGGAGCCUGUAUUCACCCCUCCCUCUAUUGAUAAAGCCACACCCACGCAGGGACCUGUCCCUCCUCCAACAGCCAACGGGACCCAGGAGCCCUCCCCGGACAGCCCGCCCCCGACAGAGUUAGCCCCACCUGUCUCUGAGUUAACCCCGCCCCGUUCCGAGUCGACUCCGCCCCCCUCGGACAGCACGGUGAGUCUGAAGGACAGCCUGGAGCCGAGCGACGACACGGCCACGCCCAGCGACGAGGGGCUGCCCCCACUCACCCCCCCCUCAUAGACGAGUCUGUGAGUGUGUAGAUGAGUGAGUGUUCUGGUACAGCUAUCUUUGUGAGGACCAGGAGAGGUUGAGGACACUUUUACAAAGUGAGGACAUUGAGUUUGUGUCGAACAUUUAAACGUCUGUUCGAAGGGUCAGACCGAGUUUUUUAAAGACGGAGCAGUUAAUUUAAUGUGAACAGAAACAUGUUGAUGUGAUUCAGGGUGACGUCACUUCAUGAGGAUUAUUUUCUCUGAGCAGAAAGAAUAAACUUCCAUGAAUAAUAAAUAAAUAAAUAAAUCCACUUAGAACUCUGAAGCAAAGACUCUGCAGAACUUCUCCGACAAUCAUCACGUUUUUAAGUUUUCUUCAGUAUCAAAGUAAUCUAUUAUCUAUUAUCCAUGAGUACACUGCAGACAGGAGCUGCAAACAGCUUAUUCAGCACUCUGAAUGGAGAAAAACAUCUGACUACAUGGAAACUAAUCAACAGUUCUCAGUGGUCAUCCUCGCAAAGAUAGUCUGUGUGUGCGUGUGUGUGUGCGUAGCUGCAGUGUCAGGUUGUUUUCUAAUCAAUCAGCUGUUAAAAUAUACGUUCCUUCAGUUCAGCAUGAGACGUCACAGUUUGAAAUACCUGGAGCCUCUGAUUUACCUGAGCAGAGACUAGAGGAGGAGCAGUUGCCUCACACACACACACACACACACACACACACACACACACACACACACACACACACACACACAAACAAACACACACAUGGAAGUUGUUUCUGUUCUUUGAAAUGUUGUUGGGGGUUAAAAAAACAAAAAACGGGAGUGUGAAAGAAUGUUUCACUUUGAUAAGGAAAGACUUAAAGGAAGAACAGGUGAGAUGAGUCUCAGGUGUGUUGGGUAACGUUCCCUCCGACGACAGGAGCAGAGUAGAACAGGAAGUGUCCGCGGAUCAGAGAGGACCCGCAAAUGUCGGAAAUGUCUUUUAAAUUUCUUUUAAAAAACUUAUUAACAUUUUAUUCCUUUGAUAUAAAGAAAAAUACUUUUAAUGAUAAUUGAUUAUUGGUUCCUAACAAUUAUUGAUCAGAGGAAUCACAUAACACUGAUAAGAUUCAUUUACUAUUUGACUUUUAUUUUGUUAAACUGCCAAACUCAACCCUUCUGAAGGAUUUUCACAGUAAAAGUCCUCCUGAGAAGGGACAGUAGUCUGGUAGACUGUUAUUGUGGAACUUGCAGGAAAUAUAAACAACAGGUGAGCUUCAGUCUGGAGCGGCUGGCUGCGGUCCAACAGUCCGAUAACAUUAUGUCCUGUUCUAGGUGGGAAACGUCGUGAUGUCAAAGAAAGAUAUGAAGAAUUCAUAAAAAACGGCCUGACUGCAGGUUAACUGUGGCAGCAAGGAAUUGUGGGACAAUGUUAUUGCCCCUCUAGUGUUUCCUGUGCUGAAGGAGAUAAGAAAGGAAACAGAUCAGAGUUUUUCCUUCAUGUCUGUUAAUCACGACCACUUCAGGGUCAUUUCACUCAGUCGGACUGUUGGACUGCAGCCUGAGGCUGAAUUUAAAGUCACACUGAGAACAGGAAACAGGAAGUAAAGAGGUGGAAACAGGAAGUAAAGGUGUUAACAGUAACACAAAGUCAGCCUCCAGAUUAAAAACUGUGACUCAGGUGUGUUUAAAUAAUCAGAGUCGACAGAGGAGUGAGACGUCUCUGUUAGAGGAUCUCUGUCUGUAUAUACUGCAGAUACCUGUGUGUAUAUUUCUGUUCACCACCAGGGGGCAGCAGCCCCUCAGCUACACUGUAAAAAUACUCAGCCGCCCUUCACAGUCAACACUCACAUCUCUCAGCCAAUCAGGUCACAGGACAUGCAUGAGAUCCUCUCCUCUGAUUGGCUGGUUGUCAGUGACUCCCUGAAUGACGGCUGAUGAUGUUUGUUUUUGUCUCUUUUGGACCAUUUCUCUUCAAAAUGUUUUCUGAAUGUCAUGAUGUCAUGAUGAUAUCACUCCACGGGGAGGGGCCUUUUGAGGGAGGGGAGGGUGGGUCGUACAUGGUUUUUGCCUUUUUAAUACUCGUUAUCUUUAAUAUCUUCAUCUUUUCUACGCUCGUCUCUCUGAAGGGCUUGUACAGAGUUCAGGGACUCACCUGGUUGUUCAGGGAGGGCGGGGUCAUGAGGGUGCAGGGUGGGUGGGGUUAUUGGAUGUAAGCGCGGGGCUGGGUUGUGGGAUUUUCUGGAUUAAAAUGUUUAUUUUUCAGUGAUCAGUAAUGACAUUGAUACCCAUGAUGAUGAUGAUGAUGAUGUUCAUGUGACUGUUUUGAGCCAAUCAUGUCUUCUCUCAUGCAUUCCUGUCAGAUGACAGACUGUACUGAAGAUUUCAACAAAAAAAUGCAAAUAAAUGUUUUGAAAACUGA